CCCUGGAAGGAGGCACUCCCACUCGGGGUUCCAGUGGCGCUCCCAGCCCCAUUCCCCUUAGGGACGCUCCAACCUGUCCCUCUGCAGUCCUGCCCUUCUCCCUCUCCUGUGGUCAAGGUCAGGGAUCAGGGUCCUCAUGCUUACAACACCGUCUGUUCUCCCCCAGGGCCUUCCCAGCUCCCACUUCCGGCUACUGACACCCCAAGCUUUGAUGUCUCCAGCUCAGGCCUGGUCCCAAGUCUCAGGCCUUGGGGGUCCUACAGCCCCUUGGGUAACCUUCAGGACCCUCACUCCAGCAGGCCACACUGAGCACCUCACCUGACUUCUGCCCCAGGUUCUCCCAUUUUGGUGAGGUCACCUUCCCCACCAGCUACCCAAGCCAGAGACCUCUGUCUAAGCAGCCGCCGAGCCUUACAAGGAUCUUUCACAUGCCUGGUUCUUGGCAUGGCGGCCAGGGCCUUCCCUGAGUCGGACUGCUGCCCCUGCCUCUCCCGGCCUUCACCCUUUCCUGCGAACCCAGCCUCGGUCUCUCUGCCUGGCCCUCUGCCUUUGCGUUAGUCUUCUCCCAAGCCCGCACCUUGUCCAAAUCUGUCAUGAGGCCCCUUCCAGGAGGACCCCGAGGCCUCUGCCAACUACCUCGCGGCCCUGGCCCUGACGUUGCUAGGCACCAUCACCAGGACGCCCACAGGCCCCACCCCUCUGGCCACGCCCCCGGGAACCAAGCUUUUUGAGCCGGAGGGAGGUAGAAAACUUUUAUUAGCUGGAGAGGUUGAGGCCUACAGCGGGGAAAGGACUUGUCAGAUUUUCGCCGCAAGGCAGGGCCAUAGCGGGGGGCAUAACAAGGCCUCCCAACCGAAGGUCAAGCAAGAGCUCCGAGCGUCCCACACAAGUCCCGAAGGGACACUGUGACGCCGCGCCACUGAAGGCGCCAGGGUUCCCGGACUCGGCCACCGCCUCGCCGCUUCCGCCCCUCAGAAGCAUGGCGGCCACGUAGCCCGGCCCGGAUUGGACGUUGGCUGUGGACGCCAAACAGAUGGCAACACGAUUGGCUGCUGCGGGGUGAUGACGUCAGGGGGCGGUGUCGGGGGAGUGAAUGGGGGCAGCAUGAGGCCGGGCGGCUUUUUGGGCGCCGGACAGCGGCUGAGUAGAGCCAUGAGCCGAUGUGUUUUGGAGCCUCGGCCCCCGGGGAAGCGGUGGAUGGUGGCUGGCCUGGGGAAUCCCGGACUGCCCGGCACGCGACACAGCGUGGGCAUGGCAGUGCUGGGGCAGCUGGCGCGGCGGCUGGGUGUGGCGGAGAGUUGGACGCGCGACCGGUACUGUGCCGCCGACCUCGCCCUGGCCCCGCUGGGGGAUGCCCAACUGGUCCUGCUCCGGCCACGGCGGCUUAUGAACGCCAACGGGCGCAGCGUGGCCCGGGCUGCGGAGCUGUUUGGGCUGACUGCCGAGGAAGUCUACCUGGUGCAUGAUGAGCUGGACAAGCCCCUGGGGAGACUGGCUCUGAAGCUGGGGGGCAGUGCCAGGGGCCACAAUGGAGUCCGUUCCUGCAUUAGCUGCCUCAACUCCAAUGCAAUGCCAAGGCUGCGGGUGGGUAUCGGGCGCCCGGCGCACCCUGAGGCGGUUCAGGCCCAUGUGCUGGGCUGCUUCUCCCCUGCUGAGCAGGAGCUGCUGCCUCUGUUGCUGGAUCGAGCCACCGACCUGAUCUUGGACCACAUCCGUGAGCGAAGCCAGGGGCCCUCACUGGGGCCGUGACACUAGUGGCCAUGGCUGCCUGCCUGACUGUAGUGCCCACCAACCCAGCCACUGCCACAGAGCUGCCACGCCAGCCUUGGUAUCUACUUUUUAUACAAAUCUCCUCUAGACUGUUCCAGGCUGCCUGCGGAUUAAAGUGGGGGUGACUGUGACUGGACCAGUCCAUUUCUGGAGUAGGUUCUUCUCUCUGUGUCCUACUUGGGACGUAGGGGAACUUCAGGAAGACUAAACUUUUCAAGCCUUUUUAGAGAACCAGGGGCACGCAUCUGUAAGAUUAAAGAUGCUGGCUUGGAGGCCUGGUGCAGUGGCUCAUGCCUGUAAUCCCAGCACUUUGGGAGGCCGAGGCUGGGGGAUUGCUUGACGUCAUGAGUUCGAGACCAGCCUGGCCAACAUGGUGAAACCCCGUCUCUACUAAAAAUACAAAAAGUAGCCGGGCA